UUGCAGCGCCAAGCUAGAGCUUCCAAUUCUUCACCCACUUCACAUCUUGUCUCAUUCUUCAGUCCCUUGGUCUUCCACUUCUGUUCAGAAAGACAUGCUUCCAGGACCCGCGUGUUCGCAGUAGAGCUGCCUACGUGACCAAUUCGACACAUCCGCACCUUCCGUCUCCAACAAUCGUAUUGCUAACCAUCGUCUCACCGAAAUCAGCGACCUCGCUUCGGCGCGCUUAACAGCUUAAUUCGCCUCGACCGCGUUGGCGGCAGCAUGGCGAAGCAGAAAAAGUCGCUCAAGGGGUCGGUCGCCAUCGUCGCAAUGAAUUUCCUCCGAUUCCUCAACAUGGUCAUCAUCGCCGGCGGCGCGGCCACCAUCGUCAUGAUAUUCCUCAUCCAAUCACCGCCCACCUUCCCCGGGGGCUGGGGCUUCUUCUUCCUCAGCCUGCUCGUCAUACUAUCCGGCCUCUUUGGCACGAUCGCGUCGGGGCAGGUCGGCUGCUUCGAGUGCCAUCUGUUCUGCCUGUUUAUCAGCGCCGCGGGGCUCUGCGCCUCGGUCCUUAUGAUCUUCAUGCGCUUUAAAGACGUGGUGCUCGCGAUCAAGCCCGACGCGGACGCGUACGCGAUGUACGACGCGGAGCAGUACGUGCGCAUUUUAGGCGCGAUCUACUUUUUCAUAUUCAUGACGCAGAUGGUCAUCCUCAUGCUCGGCUGCACGGUGCAACACUUCGGCCUCAUAGAGCACAACGAGGACCUCGACGCGCUCAAAUCCGCGCGUGAGCUGGCGCACUCGGAGGAGGUGCACCGGCGGCCGAGGAUCGACAAGUGGGUGCCGCACAAGCUGACGGAGAAGAUGAAGCACAAGUACCGCCAGUGGACGCACCGGGGCGCGGGCGACGACGAGGAGGAAGAGGCCAUGGAGUUCGACAUGGAGUCCAACUCCAUCGCCGGCAGCCACCUCACCGGCAGCCCCCCGCCCUCUUACCCAGCCGCCUCCACCUACCCUCCUGCGUAAACCGUCUAGAGAGCCAUCUUUGGGGCCGCAUGAGUACCGGCAGUGGGUGAGGAGAUGGAGCUCGCUAUGGAGUCGAUCGUUAGCAGCCAUUGCAGCACGAGCCGCCGCCGUCGGGCCCAGCUGCCGCCAUCCGUCUACUACUUACCCGCCUGCCUGAACCCUGACGAUUUUUUAGCCGCCCUGAAAGUACGCUGCCCGCCGUCGAUAGCCCUCCGCCCGCUUGAACCGCGCGCCCUCACUCUCCUGCAGUCGCCACGAGAAUUCCUCUUUGCGCCCCAGUUUCAGGCCGCUUCCACUUACCCUUCUGCGUGAAUCAUAAGAGAGCUUCAGUCUGUGCUGAGUUGACCUGUGUAGUGGCGUAUCCUUGGACCCUGGCGUACCAUGGCACCGUUGGACUAGGUUUACGUUUGUGAAGGUUCGGUGUUGAUAGAUGCCGUUUAGUUAAAGCUACUUGUAUUCUAUCCUGGUAUCCUGCUGCACCUGAUAUGCUGAACACAACCUUGU